CGCCUGACCGCUUCUAUCCGCACUGUCUGGUCUGUCUUUGUCGAAUAUGUUUCGCUGUGGACUUGCGUAUCCAAGAUGCAGGUGGAUCGUACCACUUCUUUUGCUUUUUGCGAUUAUAUUUGACAUUAUUGCAAUUGCUGCUACUUCGGGAUGGGUUGAGGACAAGGACGCAAUGUCCCACUACGCAAGUAUGUGGAGUCAAUGCCGAGGUCGGAAUGACAUCUGGGACUGCAAAUCUCUCAUGGAAUUCUCUUGGGCCCAGGCUGUGGCAGCUCUUAUGAUCAUCGGCCUCAUCAUCCUCAUCAUCGCCUUCAUCAUCUCCUGUAUCGCUCUCUGCUGCACCCUCAACAUCAGCCUUCUGCCUGUCAUCGGGGCCCUGCUCUUCAUCACUGUGGUCAUUCAGUUCAUCGCCCUCAUCAUCUACCCAGUCAAGUUCAAUGACCUGAUCUUCGAGGGCCGCUACGACUACACCUGGGCCUACGGCUUCGGCUGGGGGGCCACCAUCCUCUGCAUCGGCUGUGGGAUCCUCUUCUGCUGCCUACCUCGCUACGAGGACGAGCUCACGGGCCUCGCCAAGACCAAAUACAUCUAUACCUCAGCUUAGAGGAACCACGGACACCCCCAGGCUACAUCUCAAUAGUCUGAAAUUACUUCCCUUCUCCUCAUCUCCUUCCCUUUAUCUUCUUCUUCCCUUCUUCUCUUCUCUUCAUCUCCUUCCCUUCAUCUGCACUGAGGAAAACAACACAGGACAGUGAAAGCAAUAUAGUAGUCACCUACCAGGAAUCUACUUUCACCUGCUCAGGUUCUUUCAAAUCAGCCAGAUGAAGGAAAGGAAGCCCACUUUAGACUAUUGAGAUGCAGCCCCAGGCGGACAGAAGUCUAUUGAGAUGCAGCCCCAGGCGGACAGAAGCACCUCUGCCACCACAGAGGACACUGACACUUAGACAUAUCAUUGGAGGUUACUUUUGUCAUUUCUAACAACGCUGAAUGCCCUCUCCGUUGGAAGGAUCCCGUAGAUGUGCCCUAUUUCCGACCCUAUACUGAUCCCUAGAUUGAUUUGAGUGGUCCACAUGUUACCAAGGGAGGUUGCCAGGUAUGGCUAUUCCAGAGGCUUUUUUUCUAUCACCUUUGAUGUUUUUCCACGUUUGAUGUUUGUGUAGAGUAGUUGAAAUGACUCAGAUGCAAUAUUGCAGAUUAUACAUAAAAAAUGUGCAUAAACUGCCAUAACCUUAUCCUUAAAUUAGUUCAAUGCAAAAUCACAGAAGUGCACUUAAUAUCAACAGUAAGGACUCCAUCCAAGAGUUGAUGGAUAAUGUCAAGUGUUCUAACCAGCUGACUUAGAGGGUGUAUGUCCCACACACAAAGCUAAUGUAUUUGACUGCAGGAUUGUUGGAUGUUUUAAGAUUUUCAAAAAUGUAUUCACUUUAAUCCAAAUUUGAAUGGUUCAGGUCAUUUACUGGCUAAACUGAAUUGUAAGUACAGUAGAGAAAAUGUAAACAUGAAUGUAUGGUGCAAGGAAAGAGGCAAAUGUUGAUUUGCUUUUAUUCAAUUAGUUUAAGAAUUCUGUUUCUAGUCAUUGUAUUAUCCUUUUUUUACAUUUGUUUUCUUACUCCAACAAGGACAAUGUUCUUGAUUGGCUAUGAUUGGGUAUGACAAUGGGUAUUGCUGGACAGUUUUCUUGAUUGGGUAUGACAAUGGGUAUUGCUGGAUUGCAUUGUUGUGACAAGUGAAAACUAAAACACAAAUAAAGGAGAAAUACACAUUUGGGCUGGAUUCAAUCUGUAGUGCCGAAGUGUUAUAGCGUGAUUGAACUUUAAAAGCAAUGUUUCCGUGUUCGCGGAGACUGCAUUCACGGAAAAAUUAGCAUAUCAUAUGUCGGCUCAAUCAAAAAUCACUUUUAAAUUUAAACCGCGCUACAACGCUGAUAUUCGGCACUGCAGAUUGAAUGUCCAUUCCAUGUGCUGAUAAUGGUAACCAACAUGAAGCACCCAACCACAGACUUUUACAUAUACAGUUCAUUCAGCAUUUGACUUAUAAAUGUUUGCAGAAGACAAUGUAGCAUCUUUCAACAGCAUCAGGUGAUGAGUCUGCUACAGAAGACUAGUAGUGUCAUGACAUACUCGGAUGUGCCUUCAUUUUUCAUAAUUGCAAAAUGUGUGGUUGACAUUGAAUGGGACUUUCUAUGGACUCAAUUCCAUUUCAACUGAAAUAUGACAAGGUCAAAUCGAUAUUCUGGUGAUAAUCUUUUGGGUUUAUUUAGUCCUUUAAAUACACAACUUUCAGCAGUGUCUUUUUAUGCAAUAAAGAGUUUUUUUUUUUUUCCCA